AUGGGACUGAAUAUUACGGUGAAAGUGAGCGGCGGAGAAACGUUCACUCUUGAUGUUGAACCCGAAAUGACAGUUUUACAACUGAAGGAGAAGUGCUCUGAUAAAGCAAACGCCCCUGCAGAUAAACAACGACUUAUCUUUAAAGGUCGUAUUAUAAAGGAUGAAGAAGUAUUGAGUGCGUUAAAUGUUGAGGAUGGAAAUACCAUUCACCUGGUUCGAAGUGGUUUGAAACCAGCCUCUUCACCUCCAACGACCACACCCACAGCUACCACAACUACUGCUCAAAACACGACAACGCCAACCACAGGCGAAAAUCAACCAUUCGGCCAAGUUCCAGGAUUCAACCAAGAUUUCAUGUCACAAAUGUUUCAAGGAGGAAUGGGAAAUUUACCAGGAAUGCCAGAAUUGAACCCACAGAGUGCAGCUGCUCUCCUUAAUUCACCAGUGGUUCAGGAAAUGCUGACUCAAAUUAGCUCUAACCCUGAGUUAUUCAGAACACUGGUGGAAUCUUCACCUUUUCUACAACCAAUGAUGCAACAAAACCCGAUGUUUGGACAAAUGCUAAAUAAUCCCGAGUUAUUGAGGACGUUGAUGAGGCCAGGAAUGUUGCAGGCUGGCCUUCAGAUGCACCAAGCAAUGCAACAAUCAAAUGCUAAUAAUCAAGGAAAUGGAAAUACAGCAACCCAAAAUCCACCCAACACCGAAAACCCGUUUGCAAAUUUUCAAAUGCCCGCAAAUAUGGCCGGAACCAUGGCCGGAACCACACCUUUCCAGCCAACAACAAUGCCAUUCCAGGCCCCGCCAGUAGAUACCAGACCACCCGAGGAACGCUUCAGCUCACAGCUCCAGUCACUCCAGGAGAUGGGAUUCACAGACCAAGCCGCAAAUCUCCAAGCGUUGGUACAAACCAACGGUGAUAUUUCAGCGGCAAUCGCACGUUUAUUAAAUCGUACGCAAUAA